AUGUCUCUACAUGAAAAGGUCGAAGGCCUCUGUCGCAAUCCUCACAGUGUCUCGCAAGCGCUUGCUGAAGACCCCUCACUGUCACCUGGUGAAGCUGCAAAGAAGCUCUAUCAUCCCGACAACAUCUCCAUCAGCGAGGGUCAUGUACCUUCAAAGAGAAAUCCUGCAACUGAGGAUGAGCUGGAACGCGCAUUGCAAUGUGGAAGGUUCACCACUCAGCCCAGUGAACUGUUUCUACGAGUGUUUCAUGACAGUCUGAUGCCGCUGGAACAUGACCCACUCAUGGGUUGCUGCAGCCCUUCAUUGGUUGGUUCAACAGGAACCUGUCCAUUGACGAUUAUCUCAGGUCUGCCUGAUAUUUGCAGACAUAUGUCCAACCUGAUUGCAAGAGCAGAUAAGGAGGUUCUGCUUGCGACAAACUACUGGAUGGACUCGGACGCUUCACGACUAAUCACAGAUGGUCUCAAAGAGCUUUCAAGGCGUGCUGGUGAGAGGGGCGUACGUGCUGUCGUCAAGAUCAUGUACGAUCGCGGAAAUGUCAAGCAGGUUCUUGACAACCAUCAGACGGUGUCUGAGGAAGAAUAUACUGGCAAGAACAUUCGUCUGCCGUCAACAAAGGAGGCACCCAACCUUGAUAUGCAGGUCUUGAACUACCACCGACCUAUGUUGGGCACUUUCCAUUCCAAAUUCAUGGUUGUGGACCGGAAAAUUGGCAUUGUCAGCUCAAACAACAUCCAAGACAACUCCAAUAUGGAAAUGAUGUGUCAUGUCGAAGGUCCGAUCGUUGACUCUCUUUACGACUCUUUCUUGAUCUCCUGGCACAACGAGCUCGACCCUCCUCUACCCUCUCGUAAUACACCCGCUGUUCAGGGAGGCUUGCCAACAUUCGAGCAAGCUUCGUUCCAGGGUCUCUUUGACCCAAACGGCAACCUCAAUGUUCCAGAAUAUGGCAACAGUCGUUCUUUACAGGAGGUUGCAGAAGCCGGCAAGCGGACAGAGUUGCCUCUUCACGCUCCUGGCGAUCCACACUACGAUGUAGACAUUGCAGGCGAAGUUACACGCAUGCAAUCUGUCAUGUCGCCACGUGAUGGCGAGACUGGCCCUGCCGUCGCAGCUCGCCAUCUAAAUCGCGGCAGACAUCUAGAUCUCAAGCCGACCAUUGAAGGCAAUUAUGCUCCAGGCGAGGAGAUGACACCGUAUAUCCCACACAGAGUGCACGACCUUGUACCAAUGGCUCUCGUCAAUCGCAAGCCAUACGGAGCUACAAACCACAACGGCGUCUUCAUGCCACAAAACGAAGCCUGGCUCUCCGCAGUUCGCAACGCAACGACAUCUGUCUUCAUCCAGACCCCCGAUCUUAAUGCUGCACCACUCCUUCCCGAACUUCUCGCCGCCGUCCGCCGUGGUGUAGACGUAACGUACUACGUCUGUCUCGGCUACAACGAUGCAGGCGAGCUUCUCCCCUUCCAAGGUGGCCACAACGAAGGUGUAGCAAACAAACUCUACACCUCUCUCACAGCCGAAGAGUCUGCCGCAAGGAGUAGACUGCACAUCCACUACUACACAGCCAAAGACCAAGUCGCACCUAUCCACGACAGCUUCAAGCAACGUUCCUGCCACGUAAAACUCAUGAUCGUCGACUCACAUCUCGGUAUCAUGGGUAAUGGAAACCAAGACACACAAUCCUGGUACCACAGCCAAGAAGUAAACAUCAUGAUUGACUCAGCCGAAAUCGUCACCAAAUGGCGCGAAGGUAUCGAAAGAAAUCAAAACACUGGAAAAUUGGGCAGAUCGAGCAAUGAAGACGGCAUCUGGAGAGACGCGCAGGGCAACCAAGCAAAAGGAGCCAUCGGCGUUGAUGCUGGCAAAUUCAGCUGGGCAAAGGGUGUCGUGGGUGCUGUACAGAGGGUCAGAGGCGCUGGCGGAUUCUAG